AUGGACUAUUACCAAGAAAUACGAAUAUAUACGCAGGAUGGAAAGCCAACGAGUUUCAAUGCAUUGCGCGAGGUGAUGCAGGUUGCUUCAACAGCUGUUGGUGACGAGCCUCGACUUCCUCGUAUCCUGUGGGUCCCAGACACCAACUAUCGCGAGCUCGUUGUGGCCAACACAAGCAACAAGAUAUCUAUCAAUCAUUUCCAGAUCUGUGUGGAGCUUUGCAUGAACGAAAUCGAGGCUGUCUUAAACUCGGCAGAUUUCUCCUUCGGCAUGCACAAUGUCAAGGAUCUAGUACUGGGACUUUGCCAAGGAGACACCAACAACAUAUGUGACAACAUGGGUCUUGCAGACGUCGGCUACUCAUACAUUAUGAACGGUCGUAACCAAUUUGGUAGUGUCCGAUAUGCUCUCGUCAUUGCACUUUUGAGGAAUGGAAAUUGGAGGAGCCAAUAUGUAGAGGCCAUCGAUCGAGCUGGAACAAUCUUAUGGAACAAGGCAGCAAUCUUUGCUUGGUUGGAAAAAUGUGUCUACAUUCAAAAGCUGUUGAUUGUCGCAAUGCAUUUGAGCUAUGGUCAGCCUUGUCGAGGCGAAGAGUUGGCUCAGCUAUGCAUAACCAACACACAAUAUGGCGACCGGUCCCUCUUUUGGGGUGUCGCUUAUAAUACCAUCAUGGUCAUCACUCGGUACAACAAGAGCCGAGAGCUGACAUGCUCUGACAAGUAUAUUGCCAGGUAUCUACCGCACAAACUUGCAGUUUUGCUCACAGGGUAUUUGGCAUAUUUUCGCCCACUUGAAUGUAUUUUUACUGGUCAUCUUUAUGGUCCAGAAGCGCGUCUUACUUGCAUGGAGCGGCUAUUUGUUGAGAAUGGUACUGCCAUGACUGGAAAGAAGGUUCGUCGGAUUUUCGCAUGGAUAUAUGCCAAAAAGAUGGAUCCACCGUUAUCUUUUUCCGACCAUCGCCAUGUGUCAAUCGCGUUCGCACGUCAGCUGAUUGGCGCAAAGAAGACUCUACAGCACGUUGACGAGGAGGAUCUUGAAGACUGGCCAGAGGAGCUCGAUCUACAAGCCGGUCACUCAACAGCGACAGCCGGUUUGGAGUAUGCUAGAAGCAACAUCGACAGUCGCUUUUUGGAUCCAAUCACAGCGCAAAAGUACUUUGACAUGAGCAGAAGAUGGCACACUCUUUUGGGGAUCGAGAAAAAACAAAUUAGCAAUACAUCUGGCGACCCGUUGUUGGAGCGUCGCAAAAGAGAAAUCAAAAACGUCAACAAGCUUAUCGAGGAAAAUGCAGCAUAUAUCGAAGCACGGAAUCAUGCUUUGAUGAGGAAUAUGAUUUUAGAGGACAUGCACCGUCGAGCACGGAAUGCAAUAGUGAACGGAGGACCAGCAAUUCCAAUCAUCAAAGAAGGAGCGAAUCGCUCACUUGCCGCUUGUCAAGGCAGUGCUCCUGAUGUGACCAAUAUGUCAAGUGAAGCAAAGGCUCUACGAGGAUUACGGCUACUGCUGCAGGAACCCUCUGCGACUUUCCAGUCCAAGAUUCAGCAAGAAGCAACAAUCGCAGCAAUCGAACGAAAGAAAAAUAUACUUGUAGUGCUGCCAACCGGCGGUGGCAAAUCCGCAGUAUUUAUGGCGCCUAGUUUGAUCGAGAAGGAUAAAACAACAAUCGUGGUGGUCCCACUCGUAACGCUACUGGGAGACAUGGCGCGCCGUUUGGUGGAUUCAGGGAUCGAUUACUGUACGUAUGAUGGCACUCUCGACCAUGGCAUGAUGCUUUCGGUGAAAAUCAUCCUUGUUACACCAGAAAAGGCAAAGGAGCAAAAAUUCGUCAGCAUGCUACACACAAUGAGUGCACAAGGCCGUAUCAGCAGAAUUAUAAUCGAUGAGGCCCAUUUGGUGAUUACGUGGAGCUCGUUUCGGCCUACCAUGGGUGAACUAGCACAGCUUCGAACGGUACCGGUGCCUAUGGUGUUUUUGUCUGCUACACUGCCUCCACCAUGGGAAAGCGAUCUAUCUGUCCUCUUUAAAACAGAAUUUCAAGUGUUCCGCUCCUUGACUGUACGACCAAACCUGCGCUAUGUGGUUCACACUAUCAAGAACAAGGGCAGCAACUUUAAGGAUGUCAAGGCUUACAUUGUUAGCCGGUUAAAGCAAGCUAUAACAGACGAACUCACAGGGGGCGGUUGUGCUAUUGUAUACUCUGCUGAA